AGCCAUCCCGCAGAAACUGCGCAACCGAGGAGAAAUCUAGUGCUUUUUUUUCAUAACCCUGUCCGAAUUUCCCGACCGUCCGAGUUAAACCGUCCAGCCCCUAGUACCGGAGUGCCGGGCAGUACCGCGGGUAGUAGGCCUACCGGAGUGCCGGGCUGCAAUUAUUAAGACCGGACUCUUCUCGGUAAUUUAGUGAGAUCACAUCUGAGAAGGAGAGAUUGGGAUAUGGCCAUUUCUUGAAACUAUGACCCCAAGUAAUUUAAUGAAGGUUGCAGCAGAGCCAUGGCCAUCACUAGUAAAGACAUCAUUUUAUUGGUCCUGAUGUUUCUCCGCCAAUUAAUCAUUGUGUAUGGGAAAACUGUGGACACUAGCUGCGACAUUAUUAUGGAUGAAUUGGACAAUGCUCAAAAGAGAUUUUUGUUUAUCAGUACAUCUAAUGGUAAAGUGAUACGAUGUACAUACUGCUCGGAAGAAACAAGGAAAUCAUCUCAAGCUUUUCUGAAAGCUGUUGAAGAACAGUGCGCACUGAAAAAUGAAGGUCUUCCUUUAAAACAUGACCUUUCACCAAUGUGCAAAUACAUGGACCCUAUAACAUGCAUCAUUCCCAAUCCAAUUGCAAAUGGAGAAUGGGUUUGCCCAUGUAGUGGUUCAGGUAAAGUCGGGAGCGAGGAGGUGUUGGUUUACACAAACUGUACACAGCAGUGUAAACCUGACUACCAUCUUGUUGGGGAUUCCUUUGGACAUUGCGGGGAACGUUGGCCACCCAAUAAAAACUACCCUACAGAGUUUCGCUAUGGAAACGCUGAAUGUGUGAAAAGUACAGGAGAAACAGCUCAGCAAGCCAAUGGUAUAGCAAUUGUUGUUAUUGCAUGUGCAAGUGUACUGGUAUUCAGUAUUUGUGUGGUGCUGUUCUGUUGCUACCUUAAAAACAGACGUAAGCGUAAAGAUGACACAGCGCUUAUAAACAGAGUACAACUUACAGAUUUUAAAUCUGUCUCUGAGCCAGCUACCACCUCGCAAGGUACCCGGUCUACUACUACUACGUCGCUGAUGGAAAGUGAUCCUUAUGAUUCAAAUGAAGAUGACUCUCCGUGGAAGCUUAGAAAUGAUGCUACAGGUACCCGGUCUACUACUACUACGUCGCUGAUGGAAAGUGAUCCUCAUGAUUCAAAUGAAGAUGACUCUCCGCGGAAGCUUAGAAAUGAUGCUACAGGUACCCGGUCUACUACUACUACGUCGCUGAUGGAAAAUGAUCCUCAUGAUUCAAAGGAAGAUGACUCUCCGCGGAAGCUUAGAAAUGAUGCUACAGGUGUAAGCUGUAGCGUCAAUUUGGUUAACAUUUCCAUGGAAAGAAGUCAAAGUCAGAAGUUGAGUGUUCUUAACAAGGUUGACAUGAAUCAGAAACCUGUCUGCUACAACAUGGCUUUGGACAUUUUAAAGAGUAUUGACCAUAAAUGCAUGUAUGAUCAAUCCAAGGUUGAGUCCGAGUUAACACGCCUGUGUAAAGG